UCAAGCAGCUCUCAGCAUGAACAGUCUUGGGCCGGUCAUAUGGCUGCUCGCCGUCAUUUUAUCACUUUCAGUGAUAGGCGGCGGUGAGUGUUCUGAUUAUCGGCUCAGUCGCAAUGUGCUGCCCACCUUUUAUGAUUUGACCAUCAGUCUACGUGGCGAUGCUGAGAAUCCAGAAGAAAUAUUCGAUGGCGAGGUCAAAAUAACGCUUCAUGCGCUUCAGGCGAAUGUGCAGCAAAUCACGCUGCACAAGGACAAUAUUGACAUUCUAUCAAAUGCUCAGCUCUACAAUGAUGCAGGUCUCAUCGUAGAGGAUAUUGUCAACACUUCGAUGACAUAUAAGCAGGAGACACAGCAGCUAACAUUACAUUUAGAGCAGCCGUUAGUCGCCAUGCAAAGCUAUGUGCUACUCUUCAAGUACACUGGUAUAGUGCGCACUGAUAUGACGGGCCUGUUCUCCGCCAGCUAUAUAGAGGAGCAGACAGGCAAGACCAAGUGGAUGGCACUAACACAGAUGCAGCGCCUCAAUGCCCGUCUGGUCUUUCCGUGCUUCGACGAGCCAGCUCUUAAGGCAAAGUUCCAGGUACACAUUGGCCGACCAAACGGCUUGAAUGCUAUCAGCAACACAAAGUUGCUGGAAACCACUGACGAUGGCCAUAAUCGUUUUGUAGAUCAUUUUGAUGUGACGCCGCUUAUGUCCACUUAUUUAUUGGCUUUCAUGAUAUCUGACUAUAAGGCUCGUGGCAAUCUUAGCGACUUUGCUGUGGUAUCUCGACCAGAUUAUUACAACAAAACGCAGUUCAGUUACCAAGUGGGGCAACAAGUGAUGUCGGCCUUCGGUAAGCUAUUCCAUCAGCCCUAUCCCGAUUUGGGUAAUCAGGCGCUGCUGUAUGCGAGCUCACCCCGCUUUCCUCACAAUGGCAUGGAGAACUGGGGCCUCAUUCUUUACAAGGAUGCAGUGCUGGUACAAGAUCCCGGGUACACGGACGGCUGGGAAGACCAGGAGUAUUGCAUUCGCAUUCUUGCUCAUGAGACAUCACACAUGUGGUUCGGAAACAGCGUUACAUUUAAGUGGUGGAGCUACUUUUGGCUAAACGAGGCCUUUGCCCGCUAUUAUGAAUACUUUAUGGCACACCAGCUUUACCCAGAGUAUCAGUUGGACGAGCAGUUUGUUGUACGCCAACUUCAAAUGAUUUUUGCCACCGAUGCCAUUGCGACCGCCCAACCAAUGACCAGCUCCGAGGAAAGCAUACAAACACCCUCUGAGAUUGGUUGGAAGUUUAGCAGCAUUGCCUAUGCCAAAGGUGCCAGCAUUGUGCGCAUGUGGCAUAAUGCGAUGGGUGCCGAAAAAUUUGAAAAUGCCAUCGGGAACUACCUAAAGGAGCACCACUUGGGCAACACUGAACCUAACGAUUUGUUUGCUCAUCUCAAAGAGAACUGGGCAGCACAUGAAACGUUGGAUUUGGAUGAAUUCUUCUACGACUUCACUGAACAAGUGGGCUACCCAAUGAUCAUUGUGAAUAUCAGUCAAGAUCAUCAAAUUAUAACGCUGCGUCAAAAGCGCUUCCUCCUAAAUCCCGGCGACGGCAGUGAUGCUGAUAUACGCUAUACAGUGCCCAUCACAUAUACCACGAAUUUGUCUCCCAAUUUCCAAAACCUAACUCCGGAAAUGUACUUUGAAAAGUCACGGGAUAUGGUGAACUUGAAUUUUAACGAUCCCAUCGAAUGGAUUGUGUUGAAUCUUAGACAGUCCAACUAUCAUCGAGUAUUCUAUGACACAGAGCUCCUCAACCGAAUUCAAGGAGCCUUAACCAAAACCGGCCACAGUGGAAUCGCCGUUGAGAAUCGUGCAGCGUUCAUUGAUGAUCUUUUCAACUUUGCCAGCAUUGGAAGCAUUGACUAUGUUGAGGUAUUUCAAUUUAUGGAGUAUAUGAGCAUAGAAACCGACUACAUACCAUGGUACGCAGCCUUCUUGGGUAUGACCCGAGUGGCAAAGCGCUUGACACCAGAGCAGCUACCGAAUUUCAACAAAUAUCUAAGCGAUAUCACAGAUGCGGUGUACAAGAAGCUUGGAGUGAGCUGGAGCUCGAAGGAUAAGGUUCUCGAUGUCUACAAUCGCAACAAGCAGGUGGCCUGGCUUUGUAAGUACCAAUCGGAGGACUGCAACAACCAGGUGUGGGAAAAGUUCGAAGCCGAGUCGGAGAAACCAUCACCAGAUUACCGCGAGACCUUCUACUGUGCAGCCUCACGAUCCGGUGGAUAUGAGCGCGUCCUGGAGUUUUAUGAGAAGGAGGUCGAUCCCAGCACCAGAGAGCUUCUGUGGCGUGCUGCCAGCUGCACGAGGGAGUACGGUAAGCACUACCACGACAAGAUCUUGGGUAAUGCCCUUAGCGUUUCCUUGAAGACUAUUGGCCUGGCUCAGCUAUAUGAGCAGAAUCCGGACCUAGUAACCCCCAUUUUUAAAAUGAUGACAGAGGACAUCACCCAAUUGGCAAAUUCUUUGGAUAGCUGGCAAAAGACAGCCCAGGCGUUAAGCGAUUUGGCUGACUAUUUUACUACACGGGAGCAGCAAACUCUGUUCUCCCAGUUCAUUGAAGAAAGCCACAUGCUGUUUGGCAGCUCGUCUGACAUACUUCGCAAGGCGAUGACCACAGUGGACUCCAAUCUGGAGUGGGCAGAACUGCGUUUGGGUCCCCUGGGCAAUUAUUUGAUAGAGAGAAACAGUGCUGGCGAGCUUGCAGUGGCGGCAACCAUGCUGUUGCUGAUCUCUACAUUCUUAAGUUUGUGGGCUAUUUAAGAGAUUAUUUUUAUGUAUAUUUUACUCGAUAAAAAAAUGCAUGUCAGAAAAUGAAUAACUUAA